AUGUUUGUGUCGCGUCGCCGGUGGAUCUUAAAGACGUGUGGAAGGACGACACCGCUUCGAUGCGUACGGGCAGUGCUGGCACUGGCGUACGAAACUGCGGGCCAUACUAGAGUGCAGAAUGUUUUCUACUCUAGACGCGAGUUCGCCAGGCCUGAGGCCCAGUUGAAACCGCACGACAAUUUUGAUUCUGAGGUUGAACUUCUGGAUUCGUUCUUUGGUGACGGACGAGCUUAUAUCAUGGGCCCCGAGAAGGAUUGCUGGUACCUCUACACGCUUCUGCCGCUUGAAGGAACAGUAGACGCACUUGAAAAGGAACAGCGUGAAGUUACUGAUCGAGAAGUUCCCGAACCAGACCAAACCAUAGAGAUACUGAUGUCGGAGUUGGACCCCGCCGUCAUGGAUAUAUUCACACGGGCUAAUUCCGCUGAUUCUGCGCAGGCGACUAAGGCGUCGGGAAUCGACCAAAUAAUCCCGGGAAUGGUGAUUGACGACUAUCUCUUUGAUCCCUGCGGAUAUUCCAUGAAUGGAGUUGCUAAGGAUGGCUACUACAUGACCAUCCAUAUAACGCCGGAGCGUUCGUGUUCGUACGUCUCGUUCGAGUCGAACGUACCAGUCGAGCGCUACGAUCGCGUUCUACGGGCCGUGCUCGCCGCUUUCAGACCUGCCAAGUUUAUCCUCACCAUAUUCCAUACACCGGACGCUCCUGGCACCGAGCCACUGCCCGAGCUGAAGGCCUACCACUCCCUGAGCGGCUUCGAGCAGAAGGAAGCCCAGCACUGCCGCUUCUCGGGCUACGAGCUCCACUACGCGCUCUACAACAAGUUCCCGAGCUGA